UCCUCCUCUCACGGACAAGGAAUUCAUCUGUUUUCAUGGAGUUCAGAUUCAUCUGGUAUGUCUGGCUGCAGAUAUAUGGCAGCUAUCAGCAAAAUAUUCUUCCCGAACAUAAAAGGCGCCACUGCAAUGCGCUACAGACUUUGGACAUUAUGGAGCAUGCCAUGCCCGAGAUACGCAGCAUUCUUCAGGAAGAAUCUAACAAAGCCAGACGUCAAUACGAGGAAAUCGUAUCUUUUCUGAGAGGUAGUAUCCUGCUAACGUGUGAGGCUGGGUGGGUAUACCAUGACGGCAACUGUUAUUUGAUUUCACAUAAAAGGAGCAACUGGCAUUCAGCAAUGGUCGUUUGUCAAUCCAUGAACGCAUACCUUGCAGAGAUAAGAAACGAUAAGGAAAAUCGGUUUUUGAAGACAGAACUGCAAAAAGUCACGAAAGAGAUAGAACAGAGAUGGAAUUGGAAUUGUUUCCUUGGUGGAACAUAUUUGGAUACUGAGGGUGAGUGGAUCUGGAACAACACAGGAACACCACUAGGGUUUACUGACUGGAGUCAAGGAAACCCUGACAAUCGGGCUACUAAAGAGCAUUGCAUGGUGAUGAUUGAAAAAUUUGGGUUCCAAUGGGGUCACCUAUCCUGUCAACUAAAGAGACCUUACAUAUGUAAAACAAGUGUCCAAUACAAGUUGUAUCCCUGAUGACGAUGAUAGACUUACUGGGACGUUGGGACAUUUAGCUUCGAGAGGAACCUCAGCCAGCACGUGAUACAUCACCAGAUGAACUUUGUUUAAAAUAUUGUCCGUUCCACAUAGAAUACCGAUACAAGAAUAAGGACCCCAGCCUAAAAUAACAAAAACAAAAAGGUUACUCUACGUGGCAGUGUGAUCUAUAUGUCAUUAUUUUUUUCGUAUGCGUGCCUUUAUUUUACGUAUCCAACUUCAAAACAUUAUUUUGACAGGUGUUGGCACUUUUUAAAGUAAAGGCCACCGACAAUUUAAUAUAUCAUUGCCAUAGUCAUUGCUGUGAAAUAUUCAUUUUAGUCCCUUUGAAAGACAUAUUCCAUAAAAAUCACACGUUGCCAUACAGGAAUUGUCCAAUUUGUGGGUCGCGGUGCUUAUGGAAAAAAACUUUUGACAGCGGAAGUCACCCUAAGCCAGAAAUCUCAUUUCGGUUGGUUCAUCUCUUUUAUUGAAAGCGAGAAUACUCAAAGUAUAAAAAGAACUGAGUGGAACUUUUCUUCGCGAUUAUUAAUGAUGCACUUCUACCCUUUACCUUAAGAGAUGUUUUCCAUCGAACUUACAAUAGGUUGACUGACAAUAGGGGCCUAUCAUUGCUAACCAUCACACAUGUUUAUCAUGGUAUAAGGAUGUUCAUACUCACUAUGCUCCUCAUCAUGCUUCUCAUUAUAUUACCACGUGCUUGUCAUGUUUCAAGGAAAAAUAAAAGG